GGCAUGCGCGCCGGGCGGCUGCGCCACGGCGGGCGGCGCGGAGGCCGGGGCUUGGGGGCCGGGGCCGGGCCCAGGGGAGCCUGAGCGAGCGGGGCGGGAGGGGCCGCGGGGACCCCGCCGGGCGGCCCGGGUCGUCGGUCCCCGGCUCGGCGGGCUUCAUCGUGACCGCUCUCGGGAGGGCCCCGAGUGGGGACGGUGUCUGGGCGCGGGGACGCCACGCGUCCCCGGAAGGGAGCCGCGCCCGAAGGUAGGGGUGUCGGGACGCGUCGGACCCCGGGAGCGCUGCCCGCUCGGGGCCCGCUCGUCCGCACGUCCCGACAGGGAGCCGGGAGCCGCGACAGCCGGCCGCGGGCCCGCCGCGCCGUGCGCGCCCCUCGUUAGCGCACGGCCACUGCGACGGGGCGGCCGCCGGGCUGGUCAGCCUUGCCACCAGCUGGUGGUGGCGCAGUUAAGCAAGCAGGGACGUCCCGCUGCCGUUGGCUCGUCGGACCCGCCACUGCUGCAGACCAGUUACGUGCCGUGAAGGCGUCAAGCUCUGGACCUGGGGCCCAGCGCUGAACCGUAAAGACGCUGUGGGACGCAGAAGGGGCCGCGUCUUCGAAAGCCCGCAGGGAGACACGCCAGGGAGAACUGCAGGCCGUAAGGCGUGUUCAGCGUGAUGUAAGCUCUGUUCUGCCAGGGGAUAGGCGUUCUGAAGGUAGAAGGUUCUGGAAGGGAUCUUCGGCAUUUUAAAUACCUUGGCCCGUUUCUGCAGUCUACACGGUCCUGACGACACACUGGACAGGAGCUUCUUUCGUGCACCUUGGGCCAGAAGUGGAAGCAAGCACUACAUCUAGUUUCCCAAAGCAGCUUCGCCGUCACGGAGCCCUGGAGACCUCACAGCUGUUUCCACAUCCCCACUUCCACCUUCCAGCACUAGUUCAAGUGGAAGAAUUAAAGGAAUGUGAUAUGAUGAUAUAACUUGAUAUACCCAAGUAGCAAGUUUGCCUGACUCAGCAUGUCAAAAAACAAGGGUCAUUCAUCUAAAAAAGAUAACUUAGCAGUCACUGCAGUUGCUUUACAAGAUCACAUUUUACAUGAUCUUCAACUUCGAAAUCUUUCAAUAGCAGAUCAUUCUAAGACAAAGGUACAAAAGAAAGAGAACAGAUCCAAAUCUCUAAAAAGAAAUACAAAAGCAGUAAUAGAUACUGGACUUAAAAAAACUAUACAAGGCCCUAAAGUGGAAGAUCCAGAAAAAGAAUAUGUUCUUGAUCCAAAACCACCACCAUUAACUUUAGCACAGAAGCUGGGCUUGUUUGAACCUCCCCCACCACCACUAUCCUCAGAUGAAUGGGAAAAUGUGAAACAAAGAUCCGUCCUGCAAGGGGACUCUGUGCAGCCAUGCCCAAUAUGCAAAGAAGAAUUUGAACUUCGCCCCCAGGUGCUGCUCACAUGCUCACACGUGUUUCACAGAGCAUGCCUCCAGGCUUUUGAAAAGUUCGCAAAUAAAAAAACCUGCCCUCUCUGCAGAAAGAGCCAGUAUCAAACCAGAGUGAUUCACGACGGAGCCCGGCUAUUCAAAAUAAAGUGCGCGACAAGGAUCCAAGCCUGCUGGAGGGGAUACGUGGUCAGGAAGUGGUACCAAGACCUGAGGCGAAAGGUACCUCCCACAGAUGCCAAGUUGAGGCGAAAAUUCUUUGAAGAAAAGGAUACUGUACUGCACUCCUUUAGAAUAUGUACGUUGGGGCAUGUAUGUGUCCUCAUUUCUAAUCGACUGCAAACCUAAAAUCAAGAUUUUUAAAUGAAUGCUAAGGGCCUUAGCAUGAAUCAGGGGCUUCUCUGAACCUAAAGAACUCAUUCGAGGAGAUAAGAAAUACACACAGGAAAAAGAUAACAGCAUCCAGCCAACGCUAAGUGCCCAGGGCAGUGAGAGCUGAAGAGCGCGCUCACGAGAGGAGCCCACGCACACUGGGCCUACGUGCAGGCUGCAGGAGCCACUGGUGCGGGGAAGUCAUGGAAACCGGAAAACAGGACAGUUACUCAGGGGACUCUGUAAAUGACUGGCCGGCUGGGAAACUCCUACAGGAAAGUCAUGAGAAGAAAGGUUGGCACAAGGCCCCAAGGGAUCUCAGGCUCCAGACAGGCCCAGGAUGAGGACUUCGGGACCCACGAAGAGGUGGUGAGGCCAGCGCUCCAAGAAGGCUACGCCGGCAUCAGAGGACAGGCCCCCUCCCCGCUGCUGCCUGUCGCAGCUGUCAGAGCCCCCUCCCCACCCCACCCUGCUCCCGUGGGGUCUCUGAGCCCUCCGCUCAGCCCUCCUUGUUCCCACCCAGCCUUCCUGCAAGCUGGGGGCCCCCUUGUUAAAGGUCACCUGGGUCCCCAGCUCACUCAGCCAUUCCCACACUGUUGUACCAAUCCCGUUAAUCAUUCACCGUGCAAACACUGAAUGGUAAAGUUAUUUAGUUUAGAUUGAAUAAACUACAUUUUAAUAGUCCUUAACCACCAAUACAUAUAAAAGGAAUUGUUACUUUUCUCAUUUAUGAAAUGCUUUUAAUUGCAACUAAGGAAGAAAGUAUGAUUUGUGGACAAGUGUGAAAAUGAUAUUAUGUUUGUUAGGCAGGCUGAGUAGAUACGAAAAUACAAAUUAAACUGUUCCAAGCCCCUUC